CGCUGCUCUUCCUCUCUGUCUCCCGCGCUCCGGUAUAAAAGCUUCUCUGUUACCCGAGGGAUCAUGUCUGUGUCACCUGACAAACGGCGGAAGAUGGAGUCUGCGCUCGAGCAGCUAAAAAAAUACACGGUGGUCGUAGCAGACACAGGCGACUUUAACGCUAUUGAGGAGUAUAAACCGCAGGAUGCUACGACCAAUCCUUCUCUCAUCCUGGCUGCAGCUAAAAUGCCUGUGUACCAGCACCUCAUGGACCAGGCCAUAAAAUAUGGACUGGCCAAUGGCAGCACUGAGGAAGAGCAGGUAACUAAUUCGAUGGACAAGCUGUUUGUGAGCUUCGGUUUGGAGAUCUUAAAGAAGAUUCCUGGACGGGUUUCCACUGAGGUCGAUGCAAGACUGUCAUUUGAUAAAGAUGAGAUGGUGUGUCGAGCUCGGAGACUAAUCUGUCUGUAUGAAGAGGCUGGUGUCAGUAAAGAGCGGAUACUCAUCAAACUCUCCUCCACCUGGGAGGGCAUUCAGGCUGGACGGGAGCUAGAAGAGAAGGACGGCAUCCACUGCAACAUGACACUGCUGUUUUCAUUUGCUCAGGCGGUUGCGUGCGCUGAGGCCCACGUCACACUCAUCUCACCUUUCGUGGGUCGAAUCCUGGAUUGGUACAAGGAGAAUACAGACCGCAAAAGCUACGAGCCCCACGAAGAUCCAGGUGUGUUGAGUGUAACCAAGAUCUACAACUACUAUAAGAAGUUCAACUACAGUACAGUGGUGAUGGGUGCGUCGUUCAGAAACGCUGGAGAAGUGAAGGCGCUGGCGGGCUGCGAUCUGCUCACCAUCUCACCUGUACUGCUGGGAGAACUCAGUCAGGACCACAGCACGGUGACGUGCUCGCUGACGCCACAGGGAGCGAAAGAUUAUGACUUGCAGCAGAUGCAUCUGGAUGAAAAGAGCUUCCGCUGGCUGCACAAUGAAGACCGCAUGGCUGUGGAGAAACUGUCCGACGGCAUCCGCAAGUUUGCUGCUGACGCCAUCAAACUCGAGAGCAUGAUCAAGGAGAGGAUGUUGAAUGUGAAGAAUGGCCAGUAACGGAGAAACAUCACAGGACCAAUCCCAUCACUCCCCACUCUCAACAUCAACUCUGACAGUCUUAAACCGGAAAUGAAUACAGUUUACUGUAUAAGCCAUUCCAAAUUUAAACGAGAAACCCAUUACACGCUUAAUGGAGUGCUCUGAUGAAACAGAUCUUUAGCAUGUUUGUAACCCACUAGCUCUGUCCUUUUCUAAUGAAUUCAUAAGGGAGGAUGUCCAUCAGUGUUCGGUUUUCUAACCCAGUCUUCUACACAAACGAUGAAAAUAUUGAUCUUCGAUCCAAUC